GUUUAUAAAGAUAUGAUAAGUGCAAUGGUUUCAAAUUUGCGUUGAUAUUUCCGUGGUGUCUAUGAAAUCAGUUAAUUAAAUAUGUACUUCAUAAGAAAGGAUGUGAAAAUGUUAAAUUUCUAUCUUGUGGUGGUUUUAAGUGUGACACUUUUAAAUGCCCAAGAAAGUACAACUUACUACUGUAUCGUGAACAGCAACAGCUCUGCAGUAACAAUCUUAGAACCUGCCGCUGGAAAAGAUACUCCUGCUGUAGCAUAUAGUUCAAUUUUUCUGGACAACAGCACAGUUACUCUUAACACUUCACUUAAUGAGAAAUGGCCUCUUAUUAAUUCUUUGAAUAAUAGUUGUAAUAAAUUUCAUGUAGAUGUCUCGGAUCAACGUUGGGAAACAUUCCCAACCAAUAUUAGUCGCGCUUUAGAAAACGCCACAGCACCAAUUUUUUUUAGUGUGAGGCUGGAUAAUGAGAACGAAACUUCAGCCAUAAAUGGCAGUAAAAUAGGGUGGAACCUUUUAAUGAAAAAUGGUUCAAAGGUUUAUUUAUGCGACAAACAGCCAAUACCCUGUUUUGAAUCACGUUUACUUUUAGAAAAAAAUGGCUCUGAGUUGUUUCAAAAUUUACCCAAUGCUGUAUGGAAAUUGCACGAAUAUACAUAUUUUUACAACGAGAAGAUUACAAAUAUCGAAAUUUACACGAAAAGGGAAAGUUGUAAUUAUGUACGACAAGGCUGUCUUACCAUAUAUUUAGCAAUGUGUAAGAGUUGUAAUAUGACAAUUUUACUAAACUCAAACAAAGCUUCAGUUAACCGAAAAGUGCUAAAUACUACUGGAACAGGCCAUUGGAAGACUGUACAAAUAGACUUAGAAGACUUUACGGAUUGUUUCAGUUUCACUAUCGAUACAAUAAUUGCUUAUGAUUACACAGAAAACGUGUUUUGGGCCAUUGGUGAUAAAAUCUACAUGUCAACUCAACUGAGUUGUAACGAAAAUAAGCGAUACAUUUCGUUCAAACCUUUUAAAGGAAAAAAAAUAACUAAUUAUUUUUGUGAAACAGUAAGAGAUGAGAUGCUUAGUUUCACCAAACACCUUCCAGAUGCUAUUUCGGAAAACCCAACGAAACCAAUACCUUUGCCACGUGACAAAAACAAUACAAACGCCACCAACUGUACGCACAAAGCUAGAAUAUUUUCUACAGAAUAUCUAUUAGUCAUAGUUGUUAUAACUGUAGCAACAAUAGUCAUAAUUGCAAUGGUGAAGACAAAAUGCUUUGUUUUAUUAUGUUCAAGUGAUAGUAAGGGAUCAUCAGAUUUCCAGAAAUUAGAAAGCGUUUCAUUAACUGAUGGGCGCGAUUUUAUCAUUUCAACAAUUUGGAGUCCCAUCCAAAGAACUGAUUUUGACAACUACUUUAAGAGGAUUUCUGAUCCAAAUUCUCAAGAGCUUCGAAACCAAUUUAGUAGCCUUCCUUCCGGCUACUCUGAACCUCAUUCCGAGGCACUCAAGGAAGAAAAUCUAUCAAAAAAUGUCUACUCUUCAAACUUCUGUCCUUAUGACCGAAAUCGCGUGAAAUUGAAGCGAAAAAAGCUUUUCGGGGUCACUUGUGAUUACAUAAAUGCCAGUUAUAUUCAAGGAUGUACUAGUUAUAGAGAAUAUAUAGCUACGCAAAACCCUCUCCAAAACACAGUCAACGACUUCUGGUACAUGGUCUGGCAGGAAAAUAUCAAACACAUUGUGAUGAUUUCAAGCAACGACGAAACGAUUUUUUCCUACUGGCCGCAACAAAUAAACGCCAGCGUUGUGUUUGGAAACAUAAAAAUUACCCUGGAUGACAUAGAACACAAAACUUUCUACAAACGGCGUUCUUUUACAAUAGAACACAGAAAAAUCCUCAGACAAGUUGAACAACUCCAUUACGACUCUUGGGACAACAGUGAUUCAGAAACCAUCAAGUCGCAUCAAAUUAUUGGUUUUAUGGAACGGUUACUAACAAUCCCACAUUUGAGUUCACCAGUAUUGGUUCACUGCUUGGCUGGCAUUGGACGGACAGGACUGAUAAUUUUAUGUGAUAUUGUUUUAAGAUCGUUACCACUUACGAACACUAUUGAUAUUUAUUCGAACGCCAAAGCACUCAGGAAAAGUAGGGUUCACAUGCUGCACACUUUGGAGCUAUACAAGUUAGCACACUUGGUUGUGCGCGAUUUUUUGAACAAAGCCUAACCAUUAUUUCCUGAACAGUUCUUGUAUUCUGUAUUUUUAUCCUACUUACAAAUAUUUUCUUUUAAAAAUCCUGUAUUUACGCUUAAAACCCUAAAAUAAUAAACAAUAAAAAUUU